AUGGAUGUGGCACUUUUGACGAUGGAUGACACCAAACCGACUACAACGACAAGUAAUCAAAACGGGAGUUCCGGAGGAAAUCGAGAGACCAGUUCUCCGAUGCUACCUGAUUCAGCAGACAUCAUGAGAAUGCUUACAGAUCCUUCAGGACAAUUGUUUACCAACGAAAGUGCCAAAUGUCAUCUGGAACGUAUCCUUGCAGCAACUGGCUUUGAUGAACAAUCUCUUGUCAACGGAAACUUUCCAUUUGAUGCUUCUUCUCUAGGUUUUGCAGAUUUAUCUCCAUUCUCGUCGCUUCGAAAUUCUUCGAAAACUCUGAAAUGUCCAAAGUGUAACUGGCACUAUAAAUAUCAAGAGACUCUGGAGAUUCAUAUGAAAGAAAAGCAUAGUGAUGCUGAUGUUAAGUGCAUUUUCUGUGUGGAGAAUCAGCCACAUCCGAAGUUGGCUCGAGGCGAGACUUAUUCCUGCGGAUAUAAGCCUUAUCGAUGUGAUCUGUGUCGGUACAGCACAACAACGAAAGGGAAUUUGAGUAUUCACAUGCAGAGCGAUAAGCAUCUACAUGCCGUGCAAGAGCUCCCGAACAGCAUCGAAUUCGCAGCUAACUUUGCAUGUGGCGCCCCAGUCAGUCGGAGCAGUCCAAUAGAAGAAUCCGAUGGGUCCUUAAUCUGUCUCAUCUGCGGAAUCUACGCCACAGAAUCUAUACCUGAAAUGUUGGAUCAUGUGGAGAAGGAUAGAUCAAGAACUUAUCAAGGAGAUGUUACAGUGAUGAAUGGAAACUUUCGAUGCUAUUUAUGCCCCUAUCAAACAACGCUGAAAGCCAACUUCCAAUUGCACACAAGGACGGACAAGCACUUGCAGAAAGUUCAGACGGCGAAUCAUAUCCGUGAGGGAGCCCGUCCACACACUGCUAUCUAUCGUCUGUCAAGUACAAAAACAAGUGUUCAAGUGCUGUGUCGACAGUGUCAAGAAGUGAUACCAAGCAGUGAAUCCCUUCGGGAACAUCGUCACUUUCUCUCAACCAAACAGUUGUGGCGAUGCAAACUCUGUAGUCAGGAGUUCGAUUCCGUCACUCAAGCGAUCGGACACAUGACUUGCCACGAGCCGUCCACUUGGCCCAACGAAACACACGACUUCAAAUUGAUGGAGGACGCGGCGUAUGCGUGUGCCGGAUGUGAUUUUACAACAAAAGACGUGUCGGACUUUGAAGAGCACGCGAAAGCACACGAAGAGGAGGCGUCGUCUGGCGGCGAGGGUGCCUCUUCACAGAAGGCGUGUGCUCUCUGCUUGGAACCAACUGCGGAUCUCGAAAAACACCUCGUAGAACAACAUCGGAUUGCUGAAAGUGCAAUUGAGAAGUUCCUUGUGACAGAACGGACUGCAAAAGAAGCCUCCUGUUCGACCUCCACUACCUCCGACCCCUCCUCUUCAGAAUUCCCUCAUCGAUGUUCCAAAUGCUCGAUGGCAUUCCGAAGUGAAUCUCAGCUUCAAACACAUUCCCUUAAACACGUAUUCAAUAGUUUUCAUAAGUGUCCCACGUGUGGAGACUCUUUCGAUGAGAAUAGUAUUGUGACUCAUAUGCUAGAACACACAAAAGAGGAAUGUGAGAUGUGCUCAGAAACGUUUCCAUCCAAAGAAUCAUUCCUGUCUCAUCUGAAUUCGGCACGCCAUUUACAGCAGGCGAAAAAGCAGUUGGAGACUUCGAAGGUUGACUUGAAUUCUCAGGACCCAUCAUCAUCUGAGAAACAACGUAUCUAUGUGUGCAAUGUAUGCAAACAAUCUUAUCCUCAAGCCGCUAAUCUUGACGUUCAUAUGAGGUCGAUGACACAUCAAAGUAGAAUGAGCCGGUUAGCCGAAUUAGUUGCAAAUGGAGAUGUUGAUGGAGACAAAACAGUUUUCGAGCAGCCAGGGAUCCCAGCUCCCACGAUACAGAGCUACAUUGAGACGACAGCCAACCAAGUUUCAAUGAACGAUUUGAUGUCUCUUCUCAGUCGAAGUGAAUCUGAUGAAAUGCGGGAAGAAGUGAAUGGACUCCAAGUUCUGACACAAAUCAAAGUAUACGGGGAACCGAAAAUUACAAAUUUGGUGCCAGGAUUAGAAGGAAAAGUCGACAAUAUCGCACUGUUUGACGACCAACAAGCAGCUGAAAUUUCGAAGAUCGAUUGCGGUGCCUGUGGUCAACAAAUAUCUGGAAUCCUUGCAUUAAAUCUCCAUUAUGAAGAAUCUCAUUCCUCAAAAAUCCCGAGUGAAGUGUUGAAAAAGUUUGGAGAAAGGAUAUUAUCAGCAGUUGAGGAGAAGCUGAGUAGAGAGAACUCAGUGAGAAAUGACGGGUCACAGAGUCCUCAAAGUGAUGAUGAACCGAUGGAGAAGAAAAUUAAAUUAGAGAAUAUGCUACCGGAUAUGGAUAAAAAUGCAGCAGCUAAUCAAUUCGCCAUGUUCCAACAAAUGAUGAAUUGUUUGCCAUUUAUGGCACCUCCUGGAUCUGCAGGAUUCGGUGGAUUCUCACCAGAAAUGUUGAGUCAACUGAUGAAUCCAGCGGCGGCGGCGGCUGCGGCUGCGGCAGCUGCUGCAAAUGCAGCUAACAAUUCACCGGCUAAAAGAGCAAGAACGAGGAUAACGGAUGAUCAGUUGAAGGUGUUAAGGCAAUACUUCAACAUCAACAACUCUCCAUCAGAAUCUCAAAUAAAAGAGAUGUCCCACAAGUCGGGACUUCCGGAGAAAGUGAUCAAGCACUGGUUCCGCAACACACUUUUCAAGGAACGACAACGUGACAAAGACUCCCCGUACAACUUCAGCAAUCCCCCUCAAAUGGGAAUUGAUCUCGAUAUGUAUGAAAAGACUGGAGAGACGAAAGUACAUUCUCUGAACAACGACAAUGCUCCAAAAUCGGAACUCAGUUCUGCCAGAGCAACCCCCACAAUUCCUACUCCAACACCUCUUCCAUUGGUAGUUGAAGAGAAAAAAGUGUCUGUGUCGGAACCGAAAAGUGCAUCUUCAUCUGCGUCAUCUUCUCAAUUGAAUCUCCAAGCUAUGCUAUCCCAGAUGCAAAAUAAUGUGAACUUCUUCGAUGCAACUAGUUUUAUGGCAGCUGCUACGAAUCCAAUGACUCCAUCGACACCAUCUUCAUGUAAUACAACUUCAAGUGGACGACGAGCCAAUCGAACAAGAUUCACAGAUUUUCAAUUGAGAACUCUCCAACAAUUCUUCGAUAAGCAGGCUUAUCCGAAGGACGAUGAUUUGGAAGCUUUGAGCAAGAAGUUGCAAUUGAGUCCACGGGUUAUUGUUGUAUGGUUCCAGAAUGCAAGACAGAAGGCUAGAAAGAUUUAUGAGAAUCAACCGAAUCACGAGAAUUCCGAUCGAUUUGUAAGGACACCUGGGUCUAAUUUUCAGUGCAAAAGAUGUAACCAAGUGUUCCAAAGAUACUACGAACUCAUCCAACAUCAACAAAAGAAAUGCUAUAAAGAUGAUGGAGCUGCUCUUGCCAGUGAUAACAAAAGUGUAGAAGAGUCCCUGACAGAAGAAGAAAAGGCUCAACUCCUAGCUCAACAACAGAUCACUCAACUCGCCAGUAGUCUCGAAAUGCCAAAAUUCCAGCCAGCAGAUCUUCUGAAAAUGAUUGGAGCUUCUUCAUCUGGAGCAUCUACUUCUGAUGUUUUGAUGAAGAUGUGCGAGAAUAUUUCUGGCACGGGGUUUCACAAAACCUGCUUAUUCUGCAAUCAAGAGUUCCGGGAUAAAGCAGUGAUGACGGAGCAUAUGAAUCAGAAACAUCCUCAGCACAUGUUACUUCCGAACUUUGAUCUGGAUCUGAUGCCGGAUGCAGGGGCGGAGCUUCUGAUGGAUUUCAAGGAGUCCGCAUUGGACUUAUCUGGGUCAUCUGUAGACUAUCGAGAUUCCAUUUCAACCAGUCCACCACGAUCAGAGGAUGAUGUUCUCACGGAAGCAUUGGAUGAUUCCACAUUUGCUGCGUUGGGAAUUCCUUUGAAUAUUCCCGGAGGACACUCUGGAUCUGGAUCAGAAUGUCGUUCUCCUGCCAGCAAUAAAAGAUUUCGAACUCAUCUCACUCCGAUGCAAGUUCAAAUGAUGAAAAGUGUAUUCAAUGAAUACAAAACACCGUCAAUGGCUGAAUGUGAGCUUCUUGGAAAAGAGGUUGGACUUCAUAAACGUGUGGUACAAGUCUGGUUCCAGAAUGCUCGAGCCAAGGAGAGGAAGACACGUGGAGCUGUUGAUGAGGACUCGAGAUCUGGAGAAUUGCAUUGUGAACAGUGUGAUAAGACAUUCGGAACUCGGUUAGCACUUCAAGAUCAUCUCUUCACUUCGGAACAUGUCGGAAUUCUAAGAAAUCAAUUGAAAUUAGAAGGAGUCUCUGAGUUGACGACGGCUUCUGUAACCGAGUGCUCUCCGGAGAAAAAAACCAAAUCUUCCAACCAAUUGGACCUUGCCAGUUUGCCAUUCUUUAACCCUCUAAUAGACAUCCAAAUCUAUGGAACUCCGAUUCAAUUUCUUCAAGUUCCCGAAGAUAUCAAAAAACAAAUUGCUGAUGAUAUAGCAGCUGGAAAGUCUCGAACUGUCUUCUCUCAAGAUGGUUUACCACUCGAACAACUGAAAGAAGCUCUUCCGGAAAAUGAGAAAUCCAGUUUGUCCACUGUACAAAAAGAUGUUGGAUGGGCGUGCCCAGGUUGUACAUUUGUCUUCCAAGAAGAAAAGAAGCUCCGUGAUCAUCAGAAAUCAAUGUGCCCCUGUGAUAAGACAUUAACUCUGGUCCAAACUCACUACUCAUGCAAAUCGUGCAAAAGUGAUUUCUGUCUUCAAUCCGAAUACAUUUUCCAUCUCUCAAUGCCUCCUCAUACAUCGCCAUAG